GCAAAGCACCGUCGACUCUCCAACUUAAAACUGUUUUCUUCUGCGACCCUCUUCACCAAACUGAACCCCCUCUUCUCUUCUGCUUUCUUCACCCGAAAUGGCGCUUUCCCCUCGUCUUCUCUUUCCGUUGUUCCUGUCUUGCAUUGUUCUCUUGAAUCCCCAAGUCAGAUGCGAUGAAGGUGAUGAGGAAGAUAAUCUUCUUCAAGGUAUCAACAGCUAUAGGUCUACUGCUUUGAACUUACCAGCCCUUACAAAGAAUGACAAUGCUGAGUGCCUAGCAGAUGAGGUAGCUGACCAAUUUAAAAAGCAACCAUGUACAAACACCACAGGUUCCUUCACAGUACCAGGCACUGAAACUCAGUUUGCCAACUUUCCAGACCUUUUAGCCAAAUGUCAUCUGAAUGUCUCAAACACAAGGGAUGGAGUAAUAAUGCCUGCUUGCAUUCCAAAUCUGGAUGCUACUCUUGUCCUUAACAACUUCACAAAAUCUCAGUACUCAUCGAGUCUUAAUCAGACAAAUUUUACAGGAAUUGGGAUUGGUUCUGAAGAUAACUGGAUUGUUGUUAUUUUGACCACGAGCACACCUGAGGGAAGCUAUGUCCCUGCGCAAAGCAUUGACGGUGCUGGAGCUAGUACUGGUACCAGUUCAGUUUCCAAGUCCAAAAUCAGCUUGAUUCAAUACUUGCUGUGUUUGCUGAUGGGAUUUGUGUUCCAGUUGUAAACAAGAGCUUCGUCAUGCCAUAUUUCAGCUUUUCCGACUUGGUGAGAACAAUCAAUUUCCAAUGGGAGCUGCCUUCCAUGAUGGAAUUUGAUUUCUUACUUGCGUAACUUGAUGUCCUCUGUUGUAGCUGAUAGUAUAAUGUUGAAGAGUUGUGUGAACCAUCACUAUUGUUAACCGUUUUUCUUCCAAGAUUUUGUAAUAUGAUCGAGGAUAAAUUUAAAAGAGGCUGGAUUCGCGUUAUUGAAUAAUAUCUGCACUGCUUCUCUUA